GGGCAGUCGGGGAUAAGUAAGUGAAGAAGAAAGAGCGUGUGGAGAAGAGAGACAAGUAGUACAAACAGUAACGUUUAUUUAAAGGUCCUGACGAGACACGACACACAACGUUACUUGUGUAUUGCUGUAAAUUUAAGUGCGCGCGCAAUGAACCAAGCCCCAGUAUCGUGUAUUCCUGCCGCGACAAAGAUGUCAAAGGCCAAAAAGAUCCUAGACGAAGCUCGGGAAGUUCAAAAUCCUGAGCUUGAUCUCGCUGAUAAAAAUGUAUCAACAUUUGAAGAGAUGCCCGGAUUGCUGAAUAUGUUAAACAUCACAAGAUUAACAUUAAGCCACAAUAAAAUCCAACUUGUGCCACCAGGAUUAGCCAAUCUGGUUAAUUUGGAAAUAUUGAACUUAUUUAAUAAUCAUAUUACGGAAUUACCUAUUUCGUUGUCACAAAUGCCGAAAUUGAGGAUACUUAAUGUAGGUAUGAAUCGUUUGGAUGUUUUACCAAGAGGUUUUGGUGCUUUUCCAGUUCUCGAGGUGCUUGAUCUGACAUACAAUAAUUUAAAUGAAAAAAAUUUACCAGGAAAUUUUUUUAUGAUGGAAACAUUACGAGCACUUUAUCUAGCUGACAAUGAUUUUGAAUAUCUUCCACCGGAAAUUGGCUCAUUGAAAAAUCUUCAAAUUCUGGUACUGCGUGAAAAUGAUCUAAUAGAAUUACCAAAAGAAAUUGGUGAACUUACGCGUCUCCGUGAGCUUCAUAUCCAGGGAAAUCGUUUAACUGUUCUUCCACCGGAAAUCGGCAAUCUCGAUUUAGUCAGCAAUAAAGCGGUUUUUAGAAUGGAAUUCAAUCCAUGGGUAACUCCCAUUGGUGAUCAAUUACAAGUCGGCAUUUCUCAUGUCAUGGAUUACAUUAGAUCUGAAACUUAUAAAUAUGUUUAUAAUCGUCACCAAAGUGUCAAAGGACCACCGCCAGCAAUUGAAAAUGACAAGAGUAAAAAAAUUUCUCGAAUGCGUUAAAAAAAAAAUUUACAAUUUAAAUAAAAUUUAUAAAAACUACUUAAAUUAAUUAUAAUAACAAACUAAUUAUAAAUACUUAUCAAUGAGCAUAAUUAAUAAUUAAUAAUUAUUAAUAUCAAGUAGUGAUUAAUGACUGGAUUAAUUUACUGCCAUUAAUCUAACAAAUGAACUUAAAAAAUCAAUGGUGCCUUAACGUCAUACCUCACACAAUAUUUUUAUAAAUUCUAUAUUUACAUAUAUAUUGUAUAUUAAUUAUACAUAAAGAUAAAUAUAUAUAUAUAUU